GUCUUCUUCUAUGGUACACUCAAAACUCCUUCUUUCUCUGUCUUCUUUUCUCUUCUCCACUUUAUAUAUUUCUCUUCUUUUCUCUCUAUGAAAAAAAAAGAAGUGAUUAUUUUUAAGUCUAUAAGCUGAUUAUUCGGUUCUGCUUCACAGGAAUGGUAGAUUUGAGCUAAACAACUUCCACAUUGGUAAGAUCUUGGUAUCACAAUGGGUAAAUCACCAGGAAAAUGGAUCAAAACUGUACUGUUUGGGAAGAAGGCAUCCAAAUCAAAUAUACCAAGAGGAAGAGAGAAGCUUGUUAAUCAAAAGGAAGGAGUUGUUGCUUCCAAGGUUUCGGAAACUGGUUUAGCUUUAGAGCCAACCUCCAACACUAUUGCCGUACAUGAGGAAGACCUGGAGCUGGAGAAUAAAGAAGCAGAAAAUGUUUUACCUGGAAACCAAGAAAUUGACACAGUGGGACCUGUUGAUCAAGAUGCACCACUUGAUCCAGAGAAAAUGAAGCUGGAGGAAGCAGCUACAAAAGCACAGGCUGCUUUCAGGGGUUAUCUGGCCCGGAGAGCAUUUAGAGCCUUAAAAGGCAUAAUAAGGUUACAAGCACUUAUUCGUGGGCACUUGGUUAGAAGACAAGCUGUUGCUACAUUGUGCUGUAUGUAUGGAAUUGUCAAAUUACAAGCACUAGUUCGUGGACAAAUAAUUAGAAAGUCUGAUGUUGGAUUUGAAAUUCAUGAGAAGUGCAAUCUAUUGAAGCUUCAGGAUGCCAAACCUGUCAAGCCAAUUGCUAUAUCUGGUAAAAUUAUGAAGUUGUCAGCAAACACUUUCACCCGUAAGCUUAUUGCUUCAUCAACUACAAUUAUGGCCCUGCGUUUGCAAUAUGUUUGUGGUGAUCCAAAUUCAGUCCUUAGUUGGUCUGAGCGCUGGUCAGCAUGUCGGUUUUGGAAGCCAAUUCCCCAACCCAAGAAAAUCCGGGAUACUAAGUCCCAGAAAAAGCAGGGUAAUAUUUCAACUGGAGAUGCUCAGAUGACCAAGUCUAAACGUACCCACAGGAAGCUUCCUACUGCGAAUUUUGACGUAGCUCCAGCACAAGCAAACCCUGAAGUUGAAAAACCAAAACGAAACACAAGGAAAUUUCCUAGCCAACCCUCAGAUCCUUUGCUGGAAAAUCCACAGAUUGAGCUUGAGAAGGUUAAACGUAACUUGAGAAAGGUUCAUAACCCAGUUGUAGAAGCUGCAGUUCUGUCAGAAGUUGAAUCUGAGAUUCCUAAGCCUCAUUUGGAAAAGGAAAUAGUUGCCUCAAGUGCUGGUGUUUCACAACAAGGGGUCAUUAAUUCCAAUGAAAUGGUAAAAAAGGAAGCAACGUUAACCAGUGAGCCAGAGAUGGGAAUUACUCCUAGCCCUAGAGAUUUAGUUACUAAGGAGGUGUUUGACACUCCUAGCAGUUAUCAGGUGAAUGUGGAAUCAAAGCCUUUGACAGAUAUUACAAGUAAAGAUAAAAACAUUUCUGAUGAUGAAGUUAAAAAUGAACCCAAAGAUUUAGAAGAGACUGUUUGCAAAGAUGAAAAUUCUCACUUAACAAAUGGAGAUUUGAAUCACAAGGAAGAUCAAACAGGAAGUGAAAACCAGAAACCAACCCGAAAAGCCUCAAUUGGAGCUAAGCAGGAACGUGCAGAGAACGGUUUGAUUAAUAGUCCGACGGUACCAAGUUAUAUGGCAGCAACUGAAUCUGCCAAGGCAAAAUUGAGGGCUCAAGGAUCCCCAAAAGUCGUACAAGAUGGAAGUGAGAAAAACAACAGUGCUCGGCGACAGUCCCUGCCAUCUCCAACUAACAGCAAAAUCAGUUCGCAUUCACCUAGGACACAGAGACCAGUUCAUUCAGGUGGUAAAGGGGGCCAUAAAAGCGACAAAGCAGCAUCUUCUUCUAGAGAUGGAAAUGGAAAGGUAGUUCAAGCAGAAUGGAAGAGGUGAUUUGAGGAAGACUGAUUUUCCGGAGUUGACAUGAAGAAGUUGAAACUUGUGAUGUUUAUGUGUUAUCUUUGAUGGAAAUUGCUGAAUUGACCGAACUAUAGGUGUGUUUGAUCAAGUUUAUCUUCGCUGCAUUUUGGCGUUUGAGAGUGAUUUGUACAUUAUAGGUUUUUAGUUUUGCAUGAAGCAACUAUACCCAAAUUUAUGUCCUGUUUGUAUUCGAGCAUUAUAUCUGGGCUGUCCAUAUUGUUUGUUUUUUUCCCUGAAGUGUGUAUGAUCUUAACACGUACCUUCCUAGGUGUUACAAAGUACUUAUGUGUGUUGAAUUUCGACCUAAAUAUUUUAUGGUAACAUGAAUUUGUUCUUGCUAGA